UCUCAACAAUGCAGUGGUUAUUGACAUUAAAAGUUACAUUGUUGCUUUUGUUCUCAGAAGCAAUCCAGAGAUUUGGGUGCAAUCCCAAACCUGAUCCUGGAUUAGAAAGGCUGUUAUGUGAACCAGGACAUGGCGCUCUCGCUCCAACUAUGUAUCCAGGAAUUCCUACUCCUGGCUUCCACCGCCCAUCUUACUAUUCAGCAUAUCAUCAUGGCUUUCACUCACCUUACAAUUCACUACGUCCUCCUCCUGGCGUUAACAUUCCACCUUACUACUCUGCACGUCCUCCUCAUGGCGUUGGCCUACCUAAUUCACCACGUCCUUAUGGCUUUUUCCCACAUUACUAUUCAGCACGUCCUCCUCAUGGCGUUGGCCCACCUCAUCCAGCACAUCCUCCUCAUGGCGUUGGCCCACCUCAUUCACCACAUCCUCCACCUGUCGUUGGCCCACCUCAUUCAGUACGUCCUCCUGGCUUCCUCCGACAUUACUAUAUGGCAGGUCCUCCUCCUGGUGUUAACAUUCCACCUUAAUGCUACAACAUUGCUAGGGGAAGGUGAUAUGCCUUUUCUCACAAAAAAUAAUUAUUUAAAAUUUUUUCAAAGCAAUCUGCAAAAGGAUUUUUUUCAAUUACAUCAAUAUUUAAUUACUGUGGAAUGGAAAUCUUAAGAAUUGUAUUAAAUGUUAAUUAUGUAACCUUGGGCAUUAAUCAAUAAAAUCAAUUCUAUUCAAUGUA